AUGUCAGCGGACGCGGAGGACUCGCUGCGCCAAGCGUUUGUAGAAUGCUUGGCACGUGAACGCAAGCGAGAGGCGUGGCGCGAGUCGUGGCUCGUUCGAAACAUUGCUGUACAGCGUGCAGAAACCCGCCAGCAUGUAGAAACGCCUUCGUUGAAACGGAGCACGAUGCUGAUGAGGCGCAUGCGCCAAGGCAACCUCUGCGAUACUGCAGACUGGAUUCUUGGUGAAAUACAGUGUGUCGGACUGCACAAGUAUAUUGACGAGCUCGUUCCUGCAAUAAUGGACAUGUUGUGCAAAUGUACUUUGUUCAAGGAGCGCAUGGCGGCGAUAGAGAUCCUCGGCGAGCUCUACGGCCUCUAUGGCGACGAUUUGCGCGUGCCCCUCACAGUCCAAGUGCAGAAUUACAUUGUGCCGGUCGUGCCGGAUGCAGCAAAGCAAAAAUCGUCUGAGCAGUGCAAGAAAGGAGACGAGGCGCGGAUUGUCAUGCAGCGUUCCUUGAUCCGCGUUGUAGCUGAAAUGGCAUUCACCGGCCUCAUUGGUGUAACAGACGCUGCGGACUGCCAAGAAAGUCUGACACAGUCGACAGCAUGGCUGUACCAACAGCUUGCUGCGUUCAUGUACAACGACCCUGCCUUUGUAUACCUGCCGAUCAUCAUGUAUGCGCUUCGGUCUUACGCGUCGAUCCUUGUAAAAUAUGCGCCAUUACACGACGCAGGUGAGAGUGUCGAGUGCUGGGAAGAAGACACUCUUGUCCCAGGAGCCCAAAAAGUACGGUUCCGUCUCCUCUUUGAGUCCUACUUUGCGCGCCUCGUAGCGCACCUGCAGUCGCUGCAACAAACGCUGCAAGCGUGUGCGCAGCGAAUCCGGAAUGCCAUUCCUCGAUACGGAGCUGUGACUGUGUUUGAGGAGCGAGAGAAUGCAUUGCAAUGCGAUUUACACGAAUACGAUGCGCUGUGCGAAGAGCUGCGGACGUUUGCGCAGAUGAUUCAAGUGCGGUGCCCGACGUUGAAGCAAAUUUCCCUCGAAGCAGACACCGCAGGUGAGCACGCGCAAAUGUUGGCUAGAAUCGACGCGGACAUUGAGGCGGGCAAAAGCGCAUGGGACAACGAGACGGAGCGCGCGUUCUACACCGAACUUUUGAGCGUAAGAGUUGCGGAAUGCGAUGACGGGGUGGAUUUGCUUUUCAAGAAGCUCUUGUCUGUGCAAAAUGUUAUGAUGCUGGACCACCUUGCGCGGCAAUUUGCGCUGCACAAUACGGACAACGUACGUGCGAAGCUUUGCAAGCACAUUAUGGACGUGCCAUGCGACCGCCAAAACCUGUAUCCCUUUUAUGCGCGACUCACCGCGACACUGCAAUGUUGCAUGCCCUCUGUCCUUGUGCAAGUGCUCGAAGCAUUGGCGCGCGAUUUUCGACACCUGUUGUCCAAUGGACAAGGCGAGCACAAAGUUAGUGCGCGGCGCAAGCUCAUGCUUUUCUACGCUGAGCUCACUCAAUUCCACCUCGUGCCCAUUGCGACCAUUUUCCAGUUGCUGAGCAAUCUUUUGGAUCAGUUCAAGUCGCACUCUAUUGAGAUGCUUGCGAUGUUUUUAGGAAGAUGUGGCAGGUUUCUGCUCUUGAACCGUGCAUUGAGUGCGCGGAUGCUGGGAUACCUGGAGCAAAUGCAGCGAAAACGGAAUGCUUUGCAUUUGGAUAUGCAUGACGAUGCGAUGCUACAGAAUGCGUACUACGAUUGCCUGCCGCAGGAAAAGACACAGGAAAAACAAGUGCCUUUAUCGGAGGAAAUGCAGCUUCUCCAUUUUCUUUUUGCCCACAAGAUGCGCCCCGCGAACGUUUCCGCCGUCGUAGAGGUGCUGCGGCGUGUAGAUUUUGCACGUGAAGAACACCACAAGUAUUUGCUGCAGCGGUUUACCCGGCCGUGGGAGUACAACACAGAGGUGUACGCCGUCUUGGCCCAGGUGCUGCGCUUUCUCGCGGGGAACAAAGCUUUUGCGAAUAAAGUGGUGGACAAUGUCAUUGAACAGAUCCAGCAAUGCGUGGAGACGAAUGCGUAUGCGGAAAACCAGCGCAAGUAUGCGCUUGUGCGGUACUUUGGGCAGUUGUACCGCUCAUCUAUCGUCGCCGACAGCACCAUGCUUGACAUGCUGUGGUACUUGUGUGUCGAGACGCAGGGUGAUGGCCCGCUAGAAUACAUGCGCAUACGCCUUGUGAACGCGCUGCUUGUCGUACUUAGGCCCGUCACGAUACCACACAAAGCCUUUGACGACGUUAUGCUUGUAUAUUUUGCAUACCUUGGCCAAAAAAAGCAGCCGAUACCCGCAGAAGUUGCGCAGGAUCUAGCGCUGUCGGUGGGUACUAUAUUCAAAGGAAUGGGGAGGGACGAGCAUAUGUAUAAAAAUGCGGCGCUGCGCGCGCGCACCAUGCUAAAUACACACCACUCCGAAACGCUGCGAGGGAGAGCCGAGCGCUAUUUUGCAACGCGUGAUUCUCGGGCCAAGGAUCCGCCCAAGGAGCUUCAAAAUCAGGCUGUGAUGCACAUGACCCCCCACGCCCAGCGCGACGCGCCUUCUCAGCAGACCGAUACCCUAGCGCGUGCAACCAAGCCAGUCGCGCUUCUUUCGCGGAAUGGAAGAAGCAUUCAAGUGCACGUUCCGAGCCACGCGUACAUUUCGCGUACAUAG